CCACGGGAGAGGUGAUUUCUUUUUUUCCUUCUUUUUUAACCCAUCCUCAUUGAGUGGGUCCUGGGUUUAGAGUGGGCAGUGGAUGCGGUUAUUAUGCCCUCACUUCUCAGCGGAUCCGUGCCGAGCUGUCACGCCUCGCUGCUGCAUGGUCCUUCUCGGUGCAACGGUGUGUUGUAGCCGAGUUUGAGCCGCUCGGCGUCUCAUACUCCGCCGUCCCCGGUGUUCUGUCUUCUUAUGCUCAUUGAGCCAAACCUUCCAGCUGCUCACUGGCUUAUUUUUAUCAAAGCUAAAGGAGGAGCCGCAGCACCGGGAGCCAUGAGCGGACGCGGGGACGAGGCAGGGGAGAGCUCUGGCUCUCAGGAGCCCACCGGGCCCGCGGAGCCCCAAAAGAGGAGGCCGGGGAGACCGAAGAAACCACAAAAAGAGCCCAGUGGAGAGCCUGUCCCCAAGCGACCGAGGGGCCGCCCCAAAGGAAGUAAGAACAAGGGCCCCUCCAAGGCAGCGCAAAAGAAAGCUGAGGCAACCGGGGAGAAAAGACCCAGGGGGCGACCCAGGAAAUGGCCACAGCAAGUCGUCCAGAAAAAGCUUGCUCAGGAAGAGGAAGAAGAAGAAGAGGCUGGAGAGUCCCCAGAGGAGGACUAAGCUUCCACACCAUGAAAUCGCUACCUCAUUCAGCUGUCUUUCAAAGGGAAAUGACCUUGACCACUUAUUUUUGACCUUUUUCCACAUGCUUUGUUACUUGGUUGAAUUUCAGUUAGAGAAGUUUCAUCUUUUGUAUGUCACUGAACAUGCAGAUGUUCAGCAUAUGUCUUUGUCUUUAAAUUCCUUCGAUACAUUUUUACGUAGACCAUACAGAAUGCAGCAAAAAUAAUCUUUUAGUUUGCUGAUAAUUGGCUGAACAGAUACAAACAAACAAACAAACAGUUUAGCUCUAGAAAUUCUGCCUGUCAAAACAAACACAUCAGACUUAUAAUCACCCCUGUACAACACAAUUACACUCCUCAAUGAGAAUCAAAAACAAACAGAAACAGACACAAUCAGUAAGUUAAUGUUUGGGUUUUCUUUAUAGCAUUGUCAUCUCCACAUCAGUGAGAGUAUUGGGUGCAUCAGCCAGAGGACUACAAUAUUGUAAUGAUGUACAAAUAAAAUGCACUCACACUGCCACUGCAUCACUCUCUCUCAUGGACAGACAUAGAUACACACACUCAAUGACUUACUGUCAUUGUUGACUGAUACUACAAACACUGAUGGCCGAAAAGAGACUAGGACACUGGUUUUGUCAUACAGACAUGUAGAACAACUGCAUACUGUUCCAAUAUAUCAGUGUUGGCUCUAAAACAAACCAAUCCACCCCUUACCCAAACUGGUGUUUGGCCACCAAACACAGAGAUCUCUCCUCAGGGCAGUUGUUUAUCCAUUAUGUUGGAUUCAAGCCAUUUAGAAAUAAAACUUACUGAUAUUUAACUUCAGACUGAUAGCACUUCUUUCUCUGGCAAUAUGCAGGAAAGAUACAGCAUCCAAUGCAAAGAUUUAUCCAGGAAGGAACUUGAAGUGCAAUCCUUGACUUUUUGUGAAAUAAGUAAAAGUUUUCACUGGCAGUGCAAAUGUAGCUGAUGUAACCAUGGCCAAUACCCAGCCAUCCCCUCAAUCAAUUGAGGAUUAGUUGCUUACAGUAAAGCUAUAGUGCGUAGUUUAUGUCGCCCCCAUGAGGAAUUCAAAGUAAUGACGAACAAGACUGUCGGACAUUACAUCAAAAUGUCAGAGCACAGUUAAGCAUUUCAAUGGAUGGCUGUUAAAUUUAAAUAAAAAGUAGUAAUCUUUACAACUGAAAUUAAUCAAUUUCAAAUAUUUUCCUUUUGGCUGUUGAAAAACCCAACAGCUUUACAAUUUAAAUGAUCUAUUAGAUGUAGGGUUGGGAUUUUUGUUGGAUCUGGUUGACAAAUUCCUAUAUUUGCUAAACUCCGAGGCUAACAAAUUGUUCUUAUUUAAUAUUUUAUUGCUCCUUGCUUACAAAAGAAUGAUUCCGGCAGCAGCUUCUCAUGUCCAUCUGGUGCUGAUUGUCACCUAAAGUGACAAACAUGACUGGUGGCAGAUUAUAAACCUUUUACAUUCAUUCUGUGAAUAACAGGCCAGUGUCUGCAAACCGUACGUGUGCCAAAGAUUGCUUGUUAGUGACAUCACCUCUCCAUGACCGGGAGUGGUAGUGUCUCCUCUAGUGAAAUGAUCAUUCAUUUAUGCAAAUUUAGAUCAAUGGUGAUUCUAUUUUUAGAUUAGCGCUGAGGGUUGUGCAAAUUAAUGUAUAGUUUCUAUAUUACAUGCGUUGUUGAAUCGUUGAGUACUAGUUAUUUAAAGGCUGAAACUAUAUACUGUAUACUGUGUAUAUAUAUAUAUAUGUUUUCAAUACGGGUUCUGAAAAGAUCCAGAUGCAAUUCAAUAAGGGAUUUGAUAAUGGAUUCAGAUUCAAUGAAAUGCGGUCAAAUCCCAACCCUAGAUUAAUUGAUGCUGAAUAUGGCUCAUCUCAAUUGGUUAAACAAAUUUACAUCAUGCAUACCAUAAAAGAAUAGGCCAACAUUAAAAUAAAAUCAAUCGUUGUGAUUGUAACCUUGUCCAGCUUGAAAGUGGACAAAUUAUUGAUCAUAGUUAAUUGUGCACAUCCAUCCCCAAUUGCUUUUAUAGGAUAAGAAUUGCUUUGAAAACUAAAUCUAAACUCUGAUGUUUUGGGAUGUGUCCAAGAGACAAUUGUGAUUGCAAUUUUAACAAUUAUUUUUAUUUAUUUAUUUUCAGAACAUCAAGAAAAAUGAAUAGUAGUUAGUCCAGCACUGCCUCCAAUAUGCAUUUAAAGCUUUAAUUUGGAAGAUCCAGAACAUCAUCAGCUCUGCACUGCUCUCCCUGUUGUUGGUGGACUGAUUUAAAAAACGAUACAACCUCUUCCCAAACUGCCAGUACUCCCCAACCAAACAGCUUGACAUUGUUUCAGACUACUGUAUACCUUUUUUCAGAUUUACAUAACAAGCUUGUGUACAUAGCUUCCUUCAGUUGGUUCUUUGCGAAACAUAGCUUUAAAACCUUUACUCCACCAUUGAUGUCAAACUGCAAAGACAUCUACAGUUGUGCAAAAAAACCUCAAGAACAAAAAACAAAAGAAAAAAACACACAUUACCUCAUGACACAAUGAUACCUGGAUUUAGUGGCAGCGUGACAUUGGAUGACUCAUCACGCACUGUAACUCCAGAAAGCCUUACGUUUAGGGAAACCUGAUGGUUAACACUUUCUGAUCACUGAUAUGCAAUAUCAUCUCAUGAUUUAAAACUACCUCUGACUCAGCACAACCAGCUAAUAAACGCUGUUGCUCAGUACACACAAACUAAUGCCUGGGAUAGCAGUGUGUGUUCAGAUAUUUGUGUUGGAACGUUUUUACCGUACAAGGUACCGUGCGAGGUCAUGUUGGUUGGUUGUUGUCAUGUCAUGGGGGAACGGCAAUUUGUCUGCAUCUGUUUUGUUUGAUUCAGUCAGGUAAACAUUAUAUGAUCCAUAAAGAAACAAAGGUCACAUGUAAAAAGCCAUGUGAAUUGAUAUUGAAGGUAAAAUUAGCUGUUUUACUACAGCAGCCUUUUUGUUACCAUCUUUCCUGUUGGUUAUGACGGCCAAACAAGUGCUUUUACUGGGGUACAAGGAGUUCACAGGCAUGAAAAAUUGAAAUUAGGUUGUGUCUUUAAGCUUUAACCACAUUAUCUGAAAAAAAUUGUAAUAUACCUGCUCAUUGUAUUGUUAAACCACACGUUGAGCCCAGAAGCCGAGUCUGUACAAGAAUCAGAGCGGUAUCUGGUCUGACGCUGUAAUGAUACAGUUGGGAUUUAUUCGCACUAAGAGCUCCUCACUGGCAAUGAUAUUGGUACAAGUAAAUUAGUUGUCCACUCUGUAGAUUCUGUAACCUGUCUCUGUGUUUUCUGUAUCAAACAGUUAAACAAACAGUUGAGGAUAUUUUUAACAGUCUCCAACUCUGUUUUAAAGAGUUGCCAGAUCUUAGCAAUGAGACUGAAAUGUCAUUAUAACCUUCAAGCAUGAUGGUCAAAUCUUUGAAAAUAAGACACAGGCUGUUAAAAAUCUGAAUUUGUCCUUUUUGUUGGAAACCUACUUUAAAGACUGCAUCCCAACAUCUGCACUUUCCAUAUCCAUAUGUGCAUAAUUUAAGGCCAUGCUUUAAAAAAAAGUCAGUUUCAGCUUAUGUUGUGUCCAUACAUAAUAUGAGUCCAAUCAGCAAAUUGGCAAGUGAAGUUGAAAAAGUCCUUGUUAAGGUGCAGUCUUUAGAGUUUGUCUCCAUCAUGACUUGGCACUGACUGGCCUGACGUUUUCUUCUUUAGAGGUUCCUGGAAAAGCCUUGAUUAAAUGGUCUGUUUUUAUUACUUAAAACAUAAAAGCAGCUAACAUAUUACGUACUGUUUUUCUUAUUUACCUUAAUGUUAAUUUUUAUCUAAACAUUGUAAACACAUUUAGCAUUAUAUGCAAACUGGGACUUCUGUUUGGCAAACUGGUAACUUGAAUUUAUUUUGUUCUGAUUUACACAAUGUUAUGACACUACAUGAUAAAACUACAAAUGUUUGUUUUUUUGGCUUUCAAUAGAGUUUUUUUUCUAGAGUUAUGUACUACCUAUAUAUGUACAGUACCUCAAACAGACUGUUAAAAAUGGACUAAUCAAUUGAAAAAUACCUACCUCCAGUCUCUUUACUUUACAUCUAUGUAUGAUAUGAUGAAUCAGGACUGCAGAAUCUCCUUCCUUAAAGUAUUUUAUCAGAUCAAACUUCCAAUCUCAGUACAUUUGGAUUCUCACCGUCAAAGUGACUUUCAGGUUUUAAAACUGAUAUGUUUGACCUUUGUAUAUUGUAUGCAUGAAUGUGUUUUCUUGUUUUUAAUUAGUAGAUAUACUUGAUUAGGUGUUUUGUGUACUUCACACAAAUGUGAUUUUCUUGUUUCCUGUGAUAUGGUUAAACCAGAUGUAGAUGGAAAUGCUUUUUUUCUUAGUGAUGGAUUAUACAAAUUUUCACCUGUCACCACGGCAACCUUUAAAACGUUGACAUGGUAUUUUAAACUGGGCCUGAGGUAGAGCCUCAGAGGAGCUACAUUGAUCUUGUCAACCUGCCUUCAUCAGCAACACCAGUAUGGACCAGUAAUUUAAUAAAUGUUGUGUAAAACUCUUACUAACCAACAA